AUGGCGGCGCUGUGUCGGACCCGUGCCGUGACUGCCGAGAGUCAUUUUCUGCGAGUGUUUCUCUUCUCUCGAUCCUGUCGAGGAACAGCCACUGAGAGUGGCUCCGGAAGCGAGAGUUCUGAUUCCACGGAGCCGAGGCCGCGCUCAGGGGGCUUCGCGAGCGCUUUGGAGCGGCUCUCGGAGCUGCAGCGGAAGGCGGAGCUCGGCCCGACGAGGGGCUCUCCGAAAAGUGUGGAAUCCUUCGCGUCUAUGCUGAGACAUUCUCCUCUUACACAGAUGGGACCUGCAAAGGAUAAAAUAGUCAUUGGGCGAAUCUUUCAUAUCGUGGAGAACGAUCUUUAUAUAGAUUUCGGCGGCAAGUUUCAUUGUGUAUGUAAAAGACCGGAAGUGGAUGGAGAGAAAUACCAGAAAGGAACCAGAGUCCGGCUGCGACUAUUAGAUCUUGAACUUACGUCUAGGUUCUUGGGAGCGACAACAGAUACAACCAUCCUAGAGGCUGAAGCAAUUCUGUUAGGACUCCAGGAGAGUAAAGACUCAAAAUCAAAAGAGGAACGUCGUGAAAAGUAA